GGGGGGGGGCAGCUCCUCCCAUAAUGAAGUUAUUGAGCAGUGCUGGAGGUCCAUGUUUACAGGGCAAGCCUGCUUUCACUCUCCACUCGGCGGACAGCGACGAGUGCUCUCAUUCUCCUCGCGCAAUCUCUCAGCACCACUGACACGGGACAAGCCGAGGAGGGGAGGAAGUGGCACCCCCAGUCAUCCCUCCAUCGGUACCCGCCUUGACGGCCAAGGAGCUGGUCUUCGCUGCAGACGCCACCGCUGCCGCCAUCAUGUGCGACUGCUUCCACCUGGCCUUCCCUAACUGGCACGCCGCCCCUUCUGGGACAGGAGCAGGUCGCAGGCUGAGAGGCCCUGAACUCCCCUCAGAGGACCAUUCAGCAUGUGACGAGCCAACUCAUUUCACUGAGGGAGAGAGACCACGCCCUCAAGGAUCGUCCCCAGUUGAAGAACAUCCAGAAACUGAGAAAUACAGUGGCAGUGACAAGGAGUGUGAGCAUGAGCAACAUCACAAGAGAGGGAGAGGAAAGAAGGCUAAAAAGUCAGGUUUUGGGUGCAGAUUUGACCCCCGCUCAACACCAAAGAUGAGCAAACUGAAGGAAGCCUACAGCCCGGAGUCGGGGGUUAUAGUGAAAACAGCUCAAGAUGGUUGUGCAGAAGGUCUUGUCUAUGGUGGAGGAGGGAAAGAGGGAAUCUUUAUCAAAGAAGUACUACCAGAGUCACCUGCCUCAAAAAGUCUACAAUUGAAAGAAGGUGAUCAGAUUCUCAGUGCCACCGUGUAUUUUGACAACGUGUCAUAUCAGGAUGCCAUUCAGAUUAUGGAGCAUGCUCAAGCUUACAAAAUGAAGCUGUGCUUAAAACGCAAACCAGACAUCACAGAGACUGAACCCAUCGCUGAAUGUGACAUCAUCCCUGAGAAUGAAACCUUCACUCCAGAGAUGAGAGAGCAUGGGAAAACCAAGAGGCGAGGUGAUGCACGCAUUUCUUGGCCAAAGUUUCCUUCCUUAGGGAGAGGACGAAAAUCACGGUUUGCAAGGUCUCACAGUUCCUCAGAAGCCGACGAGCAGAGAAAGUUGGAGUUGAGUCCCACAACAAGUGACACAGAGUCCCCUAUAAAAUCUCAGGAUGCCCUCAAAGGCAAGAAACGGCAUAAAAUGAAGCUUCCAAGGCUGACAAAGAGAGGCCGCAUUAGUUCAUCAGAAGAGCAGGACACAGAUGCACCAACAACCGUGACCGAAAUUCAUCAAACACAAGAAGCUGUGGAACUGGUCUCACCUGAGAGCCUUCAAAGCCCCUCAGAUGGAAGGCUUGAAAUCCAUGGGGCAGAGGAGUUGACUCUGUUACAGGAUUCUGACUCAAGAAUGUCUAAACCACAAACCAUUCAACACAAGGUGGAGCUCAUCAGUAUUGACAGCACUUUGAAAACAACAGAUCUAUCUGUAGCCUUGGCAGGCCAAGAAAGUCCCUCUGCACAACUGUCUCCGGGUGGUAAGAAGAAAAAGAAAGAAAGGUCAGAAUUAAAAAUGAAAAUGUUAGGAAAGGACAAAUCCCAGAAGGAGACAAAAGCAAAAUCACCCAAAAGGCUAAAAACACUUGGUGCAAGUUUAGAAAUAGCAGGUCAAGGCAUUGUUAUGGGGAAUUCGCCAGAUAAAACGACCAGUACUCAAAUAAUUACGAGUGAGAGGAUUGAAGAAACAUCCCCACUCAAAGACAAAGGAAAAACAAAAAAAAGAACUGGCCUUCCUAAGCGUGAAGACAUUGAAAUUCCUGGAAUGGAAGCCGUGUCUAUAAAGACCAAAGCCAAAGGACGCCAUGAAGAGACACCAGAAACAGUCCAACUAUCAAUCGAUGUUGACAGAGUGAAAGAGGCUGUUUCAAAGUUGCCUGGAUAUAAACUGCCAAAGGUUGAUAUGUGUGGAGUACGUAUCCCUGAAGAAAUCACUGUCAUAGAUGCAAAUGCACAAAGAAUAUCUGUAAAAACACCCACAAAAGUUAACGACAGCAAAACAAAACAGGGGGUAACUAUCAGUCAGCUGGAGGUAACUGCCUCUACAGAAAUAGCCACAACUUCAUACAAACAACCAAAGAUCAAACUGGAUGAUUUAACAGGAGAAGAGGUUCUACGUGUGACCAAAGUGGACCAAGGUGAUACACUGAUAAAUGUCAAACAAGCAACCCAAGAGCGUGAACUUGAUGACUCAAAAGAGUCUGAUAAGAAAUCAAUGACUGCAAAGAUAGUUUUGCCAACCAUUGGGUUUUCAAAGUCUGACUUUAGAAUCCCUGAAAUUGGUAUGUAUUUGCCAAAAGCAAAUAUUUCUGGACAAAAUGGUGACGAGGUUAAAGGAGAAAGAACUAUAUUCCUACAAGAAAACGCAUCGAAAACGGAACUAAGUGAAGAUGACAUACUGAGUGGAGGGAUCACAGCAGGUGCAAAAAUGCAAGAAGCUGAUACUACUGUUGUGGCAGUUACAAGUGAACUUGGAGGUAUCGGUGAGAGAAUUGAAUACAUUGAUUUGGUUGAUUCACCAGUCGAGAAGGACCUUGAAGGAAAAGGAAGUCCAUUUCAAAUGCCCAAAUUUGAAAUAGCCUUGCCAAAAAUUAGAGGCCCUGAAAUUGAUUUGGGUUUCUCAAAGACAGGAGUCAAAUCACUUGAUCCAAAUUCAACAUACCUGAAUUUUCCAGAGGAGCAGCCCUUUGUUGGUAUUGCAGGGUUGCCCACAGAUACUGAAAAGGAAAUAAAAGGAAGGAAAUUUAAAUUGCCAAAUCUUGACUUCACAGUUCCUGAAAUCACUGGGCCACAAAUCAAUGUUGGCAUUUUCAAAAAAGAUGUUGCAGUGAAAAAUACGGGGCCUAAAUUUGUGGAGUUAAGUCCAGAAAAAGCAUAUGCAUUACCACCACUGCAAGAUAAAAAACCUGAAAUGUUACAGACUAAUUUAGGUGUUGGACAAGAAGGGAAAGGAGAGAUUUCAAGAUUGGAUGUAAAAGGACCAGAUAUUAAUUCAUGCUUGGUUAAGGAAUGCAAACCACCGGACAUUGACAUACGUUUAUCAAAGAAAGAAGGAGAGAUCACACGCCCAGCCGCUGAAGUUCAACUUGGUGCUGUGGAAAUGAAACUACCAUCAGCUAAAGUGGACAUUGAGGCUCCUAAAAUCCAAGUUAAACCAGGUGAUAUUGAAGGAUCGCCAUCCAAAUUUAAACUGCCAACAGUGAAAUUACCCAAAUUCACAUUUGCAAAACAAAGCAGCAAAGAUUCCGAUGUUGAUGUCCCAGAUGUUGAUGUUUCUAUUCCAGAAGGAAGUUUGGAAAUCACCCAACCACAAGUGGAGUUUCACCCACCGGAAGUUGAUGUGAAAAUAGGUGUCCAGGAGAGUAAGUUUAAAAUGCCAAAGUUCGGAAUCUCCAUGCCAAAAAUAAAAGGGCCAGACAUUGAUAAAAGUUUACCAAAGAAAGAUGGAGAGAUCAGAGUCCCAGAAGCUGAGGUUGAACUCGGUCAUGUGGAAAUGAAAAUGCCAUCAGCUGAAGUGGAAAUUGAGGCUCCUAAAAUUGAAGUUAAACCAGGUGAUGUUGAAGGAUCGCCAUCCAAAUUUAAACUGCCAACAGUGAAAUUACCAAAAUUCUCAUUUGCAAAACAAAGCAGCAAAGAUUCUGAUGUUCAUGUUUCCAUUCCAGAAGGAAGUUUGGAAAUAACUCAACCACAAGCGGAGUUUCAUCCACCAGAGGUUGAUGUGAAAAUAGGUGACCAAGAAAGCAAGUUUAAAAUGCCAAAGUUCGGAAUCUCCAUGCCAAAAAUAAAAGGACCAGACAUUGAUAUAAGUUCAUCAAAGAAAGAUGGAGAGAUCACAGUCCCAGAAAUUGUAGUUGAAGUCGGUGAUGUUGAAAUGAAACUACCAUCAGCUAAAGUGGAAAUUGAGGCUCCUAAAAUCGCAGUUAAACCAGGUGAUGUUGAAGGAUCCCCAUCCAAGUUUAAACUGCCAACAGUGAAUUUACCCAAAUUCACAUUUGCAAAACAAAGCAGCAAAGAUUCUGAUGUUGAUGUCCCAGACGUUGAUGUUUCUAUUCCAGAAGGAAGUUUGGAAAUCACCCAACCACAAGUGGAGUUUCACCCACCGGAAGUUGAUGUGAAAAUAGGUGACCGAGAGAGCAAGUUUAAAAUGCCAAAGUUCGGAAUCUCCAUGCCAAAAAUAAAAGGGCCAGACAUUGAUAUAAGUUUAUCAAAGAAAGAUGGAGAGAUCAGAGUCCCGGAAGCUGAAGUUGAACUCUGUGAUGUUGAAAUGAAACUGUCAUCAGCAAAAGUGGAAAUUGAGGCUCCUAAAGUCGAAGUUAAACCAGGUGAUGUGGAAGGUUCACCAUCCAAAUUGAAACUGCCAACAGUGAAAUUACGAAAAUUCUCAUUUGCAAAACAAAGCAGCAAAGAUUCUAAUGUUGAUGUCCCAGAUGUUGAUGUUUCCAUUCCAGAAAGAAGUUUGGAAAUCACCCAACCACAAGUAGAGUUUCACCCACCAGAGGUUGAUGUGAAAAUAGGUGACCAGGAGAGCAAGUUUAAAAUGCCAAAGUUCGGAAUCUCCAUGCCAAAAAUAAAAGGGCCAGACAUUGAUAUAAGUUUAUCAAGAAAAGAUGGAGAGAUCAGAGUCCCAGUAGCUGAAGUUGAACUCGGUCUUGUGGAAAUGAAAAUGCCAUCAGCUGAAGUAGAAAUUGAGGCUCCUAAAGUCGAAGUUAAACCAGGUGAUGUUAAAGGAUCGCCAUCAAAAUUUAAAUUGCCAACAGUGAAAUUACCAAAAUUCACAUUUGCAAAACAAAGCAGCAAAGAUUCUGAUGUUGAUGUCCCAGAUGUUGAUUUUUCCAUUCCAGAAGGAAGUUUGGAAAUCACCCAACCACAAGUAGAGUUUCACCCACCAGAGGUUGAUAUGAAAAUAGGUGACCAGGAGAGCAAGUUUAAAAUGCCAAAGUUCGGAAUCUUCAUGCCAAAAAUAAAGGGGCCCGACCUUGAUAUAAGUUUAUCAAAGAAAGAAGGAGAGAUCACAGUACCAGAAGCUGAAGUUGAACUCGGUCAUGUGGAAAUUAAAAUGCCAUCAGCUGAAGUUGAAAUUGAGGCUUCUAAAAUUGAAGUUAAACCAGGUGACGUUGAAGGAUCGCCAUCCAAAUUUAAACUGCCAACAGUGAAAUUACCAAAAUUCUCAUUUGCAAAACAAAGCAGCAAAGAUUCGGAUGUUGAUGUCCAAGAUGUUGAUGUUUCCAUUCCAGAAGGAAGUUUGGAAAUCACUCAACCACAAGCGGAGUUUCACCCACCAGAGGUUGAUGUGAAAAUAGGUGACCAGGAGAGCAAGUUUAAAAUGCCAAAGUUCGGAAUCUCCAUGCCAAAAAUAAAAGGGCCAGACAUUGAUAUAAGUUUAUCAAAGAAAGAUGGAGAGAUCAGAGUCCCGGAAGCUGAAGUUGAACUCUGUGAUGUUGAAAUGAAACUGCCAUCAGCAAAAGUGGAAAUUGAGGCCCCUAAAGUCGAAGUUAAACCAGGUGAUGUUGAAGGAUCGCCAUCCAAAUUUAAACUGCCAACAGUGAAAUUACCAAAAUUCUCAUUUGCAAAACAAAGCAGCAAAGAUUCUAAUGUUGAUGUCCCAGAUGUUGAUGUUUCCAUUCCAGAAAGAAGUUUGGAAAUCACCCAACCACAAGUAGAGUUUCACCCACCAGAGGUUGAUAUGAAAAUAGGUGAACAGGAGAGCAAGUUUAAAAUGCCAAAGUUCGGAAUCUCCAUGCCAAAAAUAAAGGGGCCCGACCUUGAUAUAAGUUUAUCAAAGAAAGAAGGAGAGAUCACAGUACAAGAAGCUGAAGUUGAACUCGGUCAUGUGGAAAUGAAAAUGCCAUCAGCUGAAGUUGAAAUUGAGGCUUCUAAAAUUGAAGUCAAACCAGGUGAUGUUGAAGGAUCACCAUCCAAAUUUAAACUGCCAACAGUGAAAUUACCAAAAUUCACAUUUGCAAAGCAGAGCAGCAAAGAUUCUGAUGUUGAUGUCCAAGAUGUUGAUGUUUCCAUUCCAGAAGGAACUUUGGAAAUCACUCAACCACAAGUAGAGUUUCACCCACCAGAGGUUGAUGUGAAAAUAGGUGAACAGGAGAGCAAGUUUAAAAUGCCAAAGUUCGGAAUCUCCAUGCCAAAAAUAAAAGGGCCAGACAUUGAUAUAAGUUCAUCAAAAAAAGAUGGAGAGAUCAGAGUACCAGAAGCUGAAGUUGAACUCGGUGAUGUUGAAAUGAAACUACCAUCAGCUAAAGUGGAAAUUGAGGCUCCUAAAAUCGAAGUUAAACCAGGUGACGUUGAAGGAUCGCCAUCGAAAUUUAAACUGCCAACAGUGAAAUUACCAAAAUUCUCAUUUGCAAAACAAAGCAGCAAAGAUUCUGAUGUUGAUGUCCCAGAUGUUGAUGUUUCUAUUCCAGAAGGAAGUUUGGAAAUCACUCAACCACAAGCGGAGUUUCACCCACCGGUAGUUGAUGUGAAAAUGGGUGACCAGGAGAGCAAGUUUAAAAUGCCAAAGUUCGGAAUCUCCAUGCCAAAAAUAAAAGGGCCAGACAUUGAUAUAAGUUUAUCAAAGAAAGAUGGAGAGAUCAGAGUCCCGGAAGCUGAAGUUGAACUCUGUGAUGUUGAAAUGAAACUGUCAUCAGCAAAAGUGGAAAUUGAGGCUCCUAAAGUCGAAGUUAAACCAGGUGAUGUGGAAGGUUCACCAUCCAAAUUGAAACUGCCAACAGUGAAAUUACCAAAAUUCUCAUUUGCAAAACAAAGCAGCAAAGAUUCUAAUGUUGAUGUCCCAGAUGUUGAUGUUUCCAUUCCAGAAAGAAGUUUGGAAAUCACCCAACCACAAGUAGAGUUUCACCCACCAGAGGUUGAUGUGAAAAUAGGUGACCAGGAGAGCAAGUUUAAAAUGCCAAAGUUCGGAAUCUCGAUGCCAAAAAUAAAAGGGCCAGACAUUGAUAUAAGUUUAUCAAGAAAAGAUGGAGAGAUCAGAGUCCCAGUAGCUGAAGUUGAACUCGGUCUUGUGGAAAUGAAAAUGCCAUCAGCUGAAGUAGAAAUUGAGGCUCCUAAAGUCGAAGUUAAACCAGGUGAUGUUAAAGGAUCGCCAUCCAAAUUUAAAUUGCCAACAGUGAAAUUACCAAAAUUCACAUUUGCAAAACAAAGCAGCAAAGAUUCUGAUGUUGAUGUCCCAGAUGUUGAUUUUUCCAUUCCAGAAGGAAGUUUGGAAAUCACCCAACCACAAGUAGAGUUUCACCCACCAAAGGUUGAUGUGAAAAUAGGUGAACAGGAGAGCAAGUUUAAAAUGCCAAAGUUCGGAAUCUCCAUGCCAAAAAUAAAAGGGCCAGACAUUGAUAUAAGUUCAUCAAAAAAAGAUGGAGAGAUCAGAGUACCAGAAGCUGAAGUUGAACUCGGUGAUGUUGAAAUGAAACUACCAUCAGCUAAAGUGGAAAUUGAGGCUCCUAAAAUCGAAGUUAAACCAGGUGACGUUGAAGGAUCGCCAUCGAAAUUUAAACUGCCAACAGUGAAAUUACCAAAAUUCUCAUUUGCAAAACAAAGCAGCAAAGAUUCUGAUGUUGAUGUCCCAGAUGUUGAUGUUUCUAUUCCAGAAGGAAGUUUGGAAAUCACUCAACCACAAGCGGAGUUUCACCCACCGGUAGUUGAUGUGAAAAUGGGUGACCAGGAGAGCAAGUUUAAAAUGCCAAAGUUCGGAAUCUCCAUGCCAAAAACAAAAGGGCCCAACCUUGAUAUAAGUUUAUCAAAGAAAGAUGGAGAGAUCAGAGUCCCGGAAGCUGAAGUUGAACUCAGUGAUGUUGAAAUGAAACUGCCAUCAGCAAAAGUGGAAAUUGAGGCCCCUAAAGUCGAAGUUAAACCAGGUGAUGUUGAAGGAUCGCCAUCCAAAUUUAAACUGCCAACAGUGAAAUUACCAAAAUUCUCAUUUGCAAAACAAAGCAGCAAAGAUUCUAAUGUUGAUGUUCCAGAUGUUGAUGUUUCCAUUCCAGAAAGAAGUUUGGAAAUCACCCAACCACAAGUAGAGUUUCACCCACCAGAGGUUGAUAUGAAAAUAGGUGACCAGGAGAGCAAGUUUAAAAUGCCAAAGUUCGGAAUCUCCAUGCCAAAAAUAAAGGGGCCCGACCUUGAUAUAAGUUUAUCAAAGAAAGAAGGAGAGAUCACAGUACAAGAAGCUGAAGUUGAACUCGGUCAUGUGGAAAUGAAAAUGCCAUCAGCUGAAGUUGAAAUUGAGGCUUCUAAAAUUGAAGUCAAACCAGGUGAUGUUGAAGGAUCACCAUCCAAAUUUAAACUGCCAACAGUGAAAUUACCAAAAUUCACAUUUGCAAAGCAGAGCAGCAAAGAUUCUGAUGUUGAUGUCCAAGAUGUUGAUGUUUCCAUUCCAGAAGGAACUUUGGAAAUCACUCAACCACAAGUAGAGUUUCACCCACCAGAGGUUGAUGUGAAAAUAGGUGAACAGGAGAGCAAGUUUAAAAUGCCAAAGUUCGGAAUCUCCAUGCCAAAAAUAAAAGGGCCAGACAUUGAUAUAAGUUCAUCAAAAAAAGAUGGAGAGAUCAGAGUACCAGAAGCUGAAGUUGAACUCGGUGAUGUUGAAAUGAAACUACCAUCAGCUAAAGUGGAAAUUGAGGCUCCUAAAAUCGAAGUUAAACCAGGUGACGUUGAAGGAUCGCCAUCAAAAUUUAAAUUGCCAACGGUGAAAUUACCAAAAUUCUCAUUUGCAAAACAAAGCAGCAAAGAUUCUGAUGUUGAUGUCCCAGAUGUUGAUGUUUCUAUUCCAGAAGGAAGUUUGGAAAUCACUCAACCCCAAGCGGAGUUUCACCCACCAGAGGUUGAUGUGAAAAUAGGUGACCAAGAGAGCAAGUUUAAAAUGCCAAAGUUCGGAAUCUCCAUGCCAAAAAUAAAAGGGCCAGACAUUGAUAUAAGUUUAUCAAAGAAAGAUGGAGAGGUCAGAGUCCCGGAAGCUGAAGUUGAACUCUGUGAUGUUGAAAUGAAAAUGCCAUCAGCUGAAGUUGAAAUUGAGGCUCCUAAAGUCGAAGUUAAACCAGGUGAUGUUGAAGGAUCACCAUCCAAAUUUAAACUGCCAACAGUGAAAUUACCAAAAUUCACAUUUGCAAAGCAGAGCAGCAAAGAUUCUGAUGUUGAUGUCCAAGAUGUUGAUGUUUCCAUUCCAGAAAUAAGUUUGGAAAUCACCCAACCACAAGUAGAAUUUCACCCACCAGAGGUUGAUGUGAAAAUAGGUGACCAGGAGAGCAAGUUUAAAAUGCCAAAGUUCGGAAUCUCCAUGCCAAAAAUAAAAGGGCCAGACAUUGAUAUAAGUUUAUCAAAAAAAGAUGGAGAGAUCAGAGUCCCAGUAGCUGAAGUUGAACUCGGUCAUGUGGAAAUGAAAAUGCCAUCAGCUGAAGUAGAAAUUGAGGCUCCUAAAGUCGAAGUUAAACCAGGUGAUGUUAAAGGAUCGCCAUCCAAAUUUAAACUGCCAACAGUGAAAUUACCAAAAUUCACAUUUGCAAAACAAAGCAGCAAAGAUUCUGAUGUUGAUGUCCCAGAUGUUGAUUUUUCCAUUCCAGAAGGAAGUUUGGAAAUCACUCAACCACAAGCGGAGUUUCACCCACCGGUAGUUGAUGUGAAAAUGGGUGACCAGGAGAGCAAGUUUAAAAUGCCUAAGUUCGGAAUCUCCAUGCCAAAAACAAAAGGGCCCAACCUUGAUAUAAGUUUAUCAAAGAAAGAUGGAGAGAUCAGAGUCCCGGAAGCUGAAGUUGAACUCAGUGAUGUUGAAAUGAAACUGCCAUCAGCAAAAGUGGAAAUUGAGGCCCCUAAAGUCGAAGUUAAACCAGGUGAUGUUGAAGGAUCGCCAUCCAAAUUUAAACUGCCAACAGUGAAAUUACCAAAAUUCUCAUUUGCAAAACAAAGCAGCAAAGAUUCUGAUGUUGAUGUCCCAGAUGUUGAUUUUUCCAUUCCAGAAGGAAGUUUGGAAAUCACCCAACCACAAGUAGAGUUUCACCCACCAGAGGUUGAUAUGAAAAUAGGUGACCAGGAGAGCAAGUUUAAAAUGCCAAAGUUCGGAAUCUCCAUGCCAAAAAUAAAGGGGCCCGACCUUGAUAUAAGUUUAUCAAAGAAAGAAGGAGAGAUCACAGUACCAGAAGCUGAAGUUGAACUCGGUCAUGUGGAAAUUAAAAUGCCAUCAGCUGAAGUUGAAAUUGAGGCUUCUAAAAUUGAAGUCAAACCAGGUGAUGUUGAAGGAUCACCAUCCAAAUUUAAACUGCCAACAGUGAAAUUACCAAAAUUCACAUUUGCAAAGCAGAGCAGCAAAGAUUCUGAUGUUGAUGUCCAAGAUGUUGAUGUUUCCAUUCCAGAAGGAACUUUGGAAAUCACUCAACCACAAGCGGAGUUUCACCCACCAGAGGUUGAUGUGAAAAUAGGUGACCAAGAGAGCAAGUUAAAAAAGCCAAAGUUCGGAAUCUCCAUGCCAAAAAUAAAAGGGCCAGACCUUGAUAUAAGUUUAUCAAAGAAAGAUGGAGAGAUCAGAGUACCAGAAGCUAAAGUUGAACUCGGUGAUGUUGAAAUGAAACUACCAUCAGCUAAAGUGGAAAUUGAGGCUCCUAAAAUCGAAGUUAAACCAGGUGAUGUUGAAGGAUCGCCAUCAAAAUUUAAACUGCCAACAGUGAAAUUACCAAAAUUCUCAUUUGCAAAACAAAGCAGCAAAGAUUCUAAUGUUGAUGUCCAAGAUGUUGAUGUUUCCAUUCCAGAAGGAAGUUUGGAAAUCACUCAACCACAAGCGGAGUUUCACCCACCAGAGGUUGAUGUGAAAAUAGGUGACCAGGAGAGCAAGUUUAAAAUGCCAAAGUUCGGAAUCUCCAUGCCAAAAAUAAAAGGGCCAGACAUUGAUAUAAGUUUAUCAAAGAAAGAUGGAGAGAUCAGAGUACCAGAAGCUGAAGUUGAACUCGGUGAUGUUGAAAUGAAACUACCAUCAGCUAAAGUGGAAAUUGAGGCUCCUAAAAUCGAAGUCAAACCAGGUGAUGUUGAAGGAUCGCCAUCGAAAUUUAAACUGCCAACAGUGAAAUUACCAAAAUUCUCAUUUGCAAAACAAAGCAGCAAAGAUUCUGAUGUUGAUGUCCCAGAUGUUGAUGUUUCUAUUCCAGAAGGAAGUUUGGAAAUCACUCAACCACAAGCGGAGUUUCACCCACCGGUAGUUGAUGUGAAAAUGGGUGACCAGGAGAGCAAGUUUAAAAUGCCAAAGUUCGGAAUCUCCAUGCCAAAAACAAAAGGGCCCAACCUUGAUAUAAGUUUAUCAAAGAAAGAUGGAGAGAUCAGAGUCCCGGAAGCUGAAGUUGAACUCAGUGAUGUUGAAAUGAAACUGCCAUCAGCAAAAGUGGAAAUUGAGGCCCCUAAAGUCGAAGUUAAACCAGGUGAUGUUGAAGGAUCGCCAUCCAAAUUUAAACUGCCAACAGUGAAAUUACCAAAAUUCUCAUUUGCAAAACAAAGCAGCAAAGAUUUUAAUGUUGAUGUCCCAGAUGUUGAUGUUUCUAUUCCAGAAAGAAGUUUGGAAAUCACCCAACCACAAGUAGAGUUUCACCCACCAGAGGUUGAUAUGAAAAUAGGUCACCAGGAGAGCAAUUUUAAAAUGCCAAAGUUCGGAAUCUCCAUGCCAAAAAUAAAGGGACCCGACCUUGAUAUAAGUUUAUCAAAGAAAGAAGGAGAGAUCACAGUACAAGAAGCUGAAGUUGAACUCGGUGAUGUUGAAAUGAAACUACCAUCAGCUAAAGUGGAAAUUGAGGCUCCUAAAAUCGAAGUCAAACCAGGUGAUGUUGAAGGAUCGCCAUCGAAAUUUAAACUGCCAACAGUGAAAUUACCAAAAUUCUCAUUUGCAAAACAAAGCAGCAAAGAUUCUGAUGUUGAUGUCCAAGAUGUUGAUGUUUCCAUUCCAGAAGGAAGUUUGGAAAUCACUCAACCACAAGCGGAGUUUCACUCACCGGUAGUUGAUGUGAAAAUGGGUGACCAGGAGAGCAAGUUUAAAAUGCCUAAGUUCGGAAUCUCCAUGCCAAAAACAAAAGGGCCCAACCUUGAUAUAAGUUUAUCAAAGAAAGAUGGAGAGAUCAGAGUCCCGGAAGCUGAAGUUGAACUCAGUGAUGUUGAAAUGAAACUGCCAUCAGCAAAAGUGGAAAUUGAGGCCCCUAAAGUCGAAGUUAAACCAGGUGAUGUUGAAGGAUCGCCAUCCAAAUUUAAACUGCCAACAGUGAAAUUACCAAAAUUCUUAUUUGCAAAACAAAGCAGCAAAGAUUCUGAUGUUGAUGUCCAAGAUGUUGAUGUUUCCAUUCCAGAAGGAAGUUUGGAAAUCACUCAACCACAAGCGGAGUUUCACCCACCAGAGGUUGAUGUGAAAAUAGGUGACCAAGAGAGCAAGUUUAAAAUGCCAAAGUUCGGAAUCUCCAUGCCAAAAAUAAAAGGGCCAGACAUUGAUAUAAGUUUAUCAAAGAAAGAUGGAGAGAUCAGAGUCCCAGAAGCUGAAGUUGAACUUCGUGAUGUUGAAAUGAUACUACCGUCAGCUGAAGUGGAAAUUGAGGCUCCUAAAAUUGAAGUUAAACCAGGUGAUGUUGAAGGAUCGCCAUCCAAAUUUAAACUGCCAAUGGUGAAAUUACCAAAAUUCUCAUUUGCAAAACAAAGCAGCAAAUAUUCUGAUGUUGAUGUUUCCAUUGCAGAAAUUGAUUUGAGUUUACCAAAGAAAGAUGCAGAGGUCGCCACACCGGAAGUUGAUGUUUCUUUUCCAGAAGGACAUUUGGAGUCCAAGCUACCACAGGUGGAGCUCCAACAAGCAGAAUUGAAUGUUGGGCUAUUGGAUGCAUUAAAAGCCACAGUAUCAGAUUCUGAAAUUCCCACGGCUGAGCCUGAUGAUGUUGGCCAGAUCUCUCCGAAUAAAUACAAACUGUCAAUGUUUAAAAUGCCAAAGCUGGCUUUUUCAAGACCAAGACCAGAAGACGAAUUUGUUUCCAUUGACACAGCUGACAAAGACAAUCGACUAGAGAUGAAAGUUGAACUGAAUGGGGACAAUACAUCACCACAAGCCACUCCAACACCACUUGGUGAUAUCCUAAAGAAAUUUGAAGUUGAAUUUGAUGUUGCAAAAACAGAAAAACAACAAGUUGCAUCAAAGGAAGUUCAAGACAAAGAUAAACCCAAAGGAAAGGAGGACAAAAGCACCAAGCAACAAGCAACCAAAAGUCCUGAAAGGACAGGAUGGUUUAGGUUUCCGACAUUUGGGCUCUCCUCACCUUCGGAACCUGACAAAACUCUCCCAAAAGAAGACCUUAAGGAUCUAAAAAGCCCAGUUGGGGAGAAAAUUAGCCUCUCCUAUUCUGUCCAGCCAUCAGAUGACUUUGCUGAGAUUAGCUCAACGAUGACAAGUGAGCAUGUUGUCUUGUCCUCAUCUUCUCCAACCAAGGUAACAGUCAAAUAUUCUGAUCCCAAAUUAUCUCCUGAUGUCGGAGAGAUGCACGAUAACCUCAUAGCUUCCACCACACGAUCCAAGCUGAUCACAAUUGAGCCAAACUUACCUGAGAAAAUCACUAUCCUGUCAUCUGAGGUCUCAUCUUCAUCUGAGGAAACACAAAGACUGGCAUCUGGAAAAAUUCACGUCUUUACGUCAAGUAUACAAGCAUCCCCGGAAGCCCACCAUACCAAGCUUCUGUCCACAGUCAAAACAUCAGGGGAGGCCAGCCAAGCUUCUUCGUGGACUGUUGAGAGUUCUCAGAGUAGCAGAACAUUUUCACAAAAACGAAUAAUCCGUGAAACGUCGCACCAAAGCAAAGAGACAGUCGUUUUUACGCAACAAAUCACAAAAACAUUUGAUCCUGCUGAGCUCUUCACUGAUGAAACAGCUUCAUCCAUCCAGCGACUCAGAGACUCCGUCCACUCUGAAAAAAUGAGAUUUUUUGACGGCGCCGAGAAAUGAAAUACAUUCAUGAGAAGUGCAAGUGUAGAGCUAUAUAAACCUCAUAGGUCACAGUCAAAAAGACUAAGACAGAACAGUUUGCAUUUGUAGUGUGGAGAAAAUGUGUCAAUGUUCCAUUGAGAGCAGGUAUUAACUUAACUCUGGCUGCAUGUAUUUUGUCUAGAAAAAGAAGGAGUAAUAUAAGUAAUGUUGACAAAGAAAAUGUGAUGAGCUCUGUGUUAAUACAAGCUGUGUAUCUAAUUGUCGUAUGACAGUGCCUCCCCAAAUAUGCUUACAUGUGAUACAGAAAACUUCAAACGUUUACUUAACGCAGUUGUGCUGGAACAUUAUGGGGUGUUAACCAAUGGUGCAAAAUCUGACAAAAUAGUAAAAAUGAAUGUUUAUGAUAAUUUCACAAAGAAGACCAUAGAGACUACAAUAGUACAGUGUAUGGCAUCAAAAAUGUGUGUAUGUUUGUGUAUCCGCUGAGGUAAUCUUGUUGCUGCAGUUCAAUGGUAAAGGAAACAAUAGUAAAGAACAGCUAUGAUGGCAAAAAGUGUACUACUGUAACUAUAUUUUUUAUUAAUAGAUUUGCUUAAAGCCUAAUUUGCUACAGUAAAUAUACAUAUAUAAAUAUAUAUCAGCAGUGCAUUCUCAUUCAGUGUGAAUGAAUGAAUGCUGUCUGUGUAAAUAGCUUUUAAUGACUUCUGGAGCAUCACUACACCAUUUGUAUCCAGACUAGUCUGUGUGCUUUAACGCCAAAUGUUUGCAAGACAUGCACAAUAAAGACAGAUUAUUACAAGCCAACAAGUGUGUGACGUUGAUGAUUUACCAUCCGUUGUUGAAUACCUGGUCAGGGCUGGAGUCAUGUUCUUCUGCAGCAAACUCUUACCAGCAUGUCUAAUUAUGCACCUGGAAGAGAAAACUGGCUUCUUCAAAGUGUUCCUACAAAGUUUGAAGCACACAGUCGUCCAUAAUAUC